CACCCAUCAUGCUCAAAUACCCAGAUCCCACGUUAGUCUGACAGGCCUCGGGAUCUACUAGGUAAUCCCGUACAGUAUGUAAUCCCCGCGAUGACUAGUAGUAUGCUGCCCAAAGCAGGGCGACUGAGGACAGAGGAACAUAUCAGGGCUUCGUGCGGCCCGAGAAUACGAUGCGCAACCCGUCGGGCACCUACGACGUCCGCAAAGAGCCAGCCACGGCAGCAAGCUCUAGCAUGCCCGGUUGGUUCCCCGACGCCUACUUUGUUUCACACAGCGCCACCACCUGCAGGCUGGUAGCUGGCUCGCAAAUGGGAUCACUCACUCCUUAUCGAAUUAAUUUUGUGGCUGCCUUCAAAUAUGCCAACUCAAUGCUGCACAUGACCUAACAGAGGGGCUGAAAAAUGCCUCGUAAACCAACACUCGUUCGGAGGCUGGGCGAUGUGGAUUGCUCUCGUUGGCACGCACCACUCCAAUCUCUUCUUGAAUUCCAGGCUCCUUUCUAGUUCAGCGUCCAUAGGCUUCACGAGAAUUUCUGCCAUGGAUGCUCUUUGUCGAACGGACGAAUUCACUAAUAACGACUGGGGAUAUUUUCACUAUCCUAGGACUCCCAUAACUCGUCCAUCGGAUCGUUGUGCCACGCUCUUCCGCGCGAGGAGUAAGGAAGCUGAUGAGGGUGAUGAGGGUGACGAGAGGCAGGAUGGACUUGCUAGGAAUACUCCCACGAUCUCGAUGGAUUGGUUGGAUGAAAAUGCGGAAUGGUUUGAUCUGGAAAGUCCGGAUAAGGUUGUGAGCAUUCUCUGGUUCCCCCGCGAUUCUAGAGAACUCGAUGCACCGUCGCUUCGAAAGAUUCCCAUCAGCAAAGCCCUGUUCCAGGAGACCGUGAGAAAGUUCCACUUCCAUAGGGCCUUGGUCGAAUUGCUCAGUAAUGGUUUUUCGGCGUUUUCCAGGAUCUCAUGUACGAUCGAAGACCGACCAUGCAAUGUCUAUACUCUCUGCGUAGAACGCAAGUCGUUUGAGCAUACGGCCCUAACUAUCACAUACUUCCCCAGUACUCAAAAAGUACUCGGCAACAAAACUCAAAAACUCGGCAGCAAGACAUAUGCCCUGGCACUUGGAUUCAACGGUAAAGAGAUUGGAGAUAUAUACCAAAACAUGAGUGCUGCCCCCGAGCUCAUGUUUUCACCUUUCACUUCCAUGAAGAUCUUCCUUGAGAAUGAAAAAAAGAAGCGCGUCGUGGGCUCGGGCCAUAACAAAGACAAGACUGAGAACCUCAUCGAGGGCCACGGAGAGGUACAGACAGAAACUAAUCCGCGAGAGGCCGCAAAAGAUACCGACGAUCCCCAUGAGCUUCUCCAGUCCUACCUCGAGGAACAACAUCUGAAGAGUGGACUGAUGGCCUGGAAAGCGGAACUCCUUGAGAUGAAGAAAUUUACUGCGGAACUGGAGGCUAUGAGACCGCCCCAAUCACAAGAGGCUCAUCCCUCCGACUACCUUGACCGGCUGGUGCGUGAGUACGAUGUACUGAUACAGAAUUGUGAACUCGUCCUACAAACUACUUCACUCGCAUUUCAAAAGGAUACCGCCCAUCUAGCAAGAGAAGAUGCUCGACAGAUGAAAACUAUCGCUAUUCUAACCAUGAUAUUCCUACCGGGGACCUUUAUAGCGAUACUCAUGACCAUACCAGAGUUUGACUCAAUGGGAGAUAUCAAAGCUGUUCCACGGUGGUCGUGGUACCUGAUCCUCUCUCUUCCUCUUACCGCUAUUACACUUGGCAUUUACGCCAUCUAUAUCUAUGCAGAUCAAAUAAAGGAGGUGUAUCGAAAAAUAAUCAAAGUUUAAUAUUAUAAAGUUACUCAAUAAAAGUAAGUAAAGUAGAUACCGAUCAGACGACUUAAGCUUGCAGCAUCCCAAUCUGCACUCCGAUUGCAGCACGCGGACUGACAAGGUGGCCCC